AUGGGCCCCAAAAAGAAGACUGCUGGUCCCGGUGGCCCCAAGCCCGGCACUAAACAGGCCAAGGCUGCUGCGGAGAAAGCGGCGGAGAAGAAGCCUGUCGCAGAGGAGCCCAAGAAGCCGACAGUGAAGGAGGUGAUUGGCGGCGCAUCAUGGACCGGCAAACUGCCCGUCAAUUUGCUGUCGGAGCAUUGCCAGAAGCAGAAAUGGGAGAAGCCAGAGUACAGCAUGAUUCAAACUCGCGAUGGCUAUGUCUCGGCCGUAACGCUGAAGAAAAUAGACCCCAAGACGAAGGAAUUGAUUGUCCUGCCUCCUAUGAAACUCCCUCCGACGCAUAAAGAGCUGGCUGCUCAAGCGACGGCCCUCGAAGCCCGCCAUUUCGCCGCAGCCUUCGGGCUCUUCCGAGUGUGCAAUAUGCGCAACCUCCAUAUGAUGAUGCCGCCGAAAUAUAAGAACCUGUGGCGAGAGGAAUUUGCGCAAAUAAAGACUGCAGAGACAAAAGAGGGCAAGGGUUGGCUAUACGAGGCGGACCCAUUCCUUGCCAAGCAGGAACGUGAGAGUGCUGCGGCGGACCUGGAAAAGAAGAGAGCAGAGCGCGCAAAGAUGCAGGCAAAGGAGAAGGCAUCGGGGCCUGAGCUUGGCUUGGGUAGUGGCGAUGCUAAGAACAAACGAAUUUGGUCUCAGGCUCCCAAGGUGGACAUGGGAACUCGCAUUCGCCGCGAGAUCGAGGGCCUUCUGCGGCAGCAUACCGUGUGGAAUGGCUACGGUGUGAAGAUUCCCGAGCAGGAGAAGAACAGCAUCGUCGAGGAGUUCUCUCGUCUGGGCUUCCGACGCAGCCACGUUGAAGAGGCCGUCGUCGAAUGCAAAGACCGUGAAGAGGUGCUGGAGUGGCUGUUGAUCUACGUGCCGGAGGAUGAUUUGCCUCAAUGGAGUUUACCCGAGGGAUACUCGGCUGGCGUUAGUCUCGCCGCUGGAGAUCUCGCUCGAGAAGCCAAGAUCAAGCGCCUAGCUGCCAUUGGUUACCCAGCGGACCUAUGCUCGCAGGUUCUGGAUAGCAAGAGCGGCGAUGAACUAGCAGCCGCGGAGUCUUUGCAGGGAACGCUCACACAUGGCUCCACAUUUGCAACCACCUCGAUUCCCGAUGGCGAUGCUGGAGCUUGGGCCGAAGAGCAGGAUACGAUUGAGGCGAUCUUCGGCGAACGUUACGUCCGUGUUUCCCCCCGAGUCUGCGAGAUCAAGAGCGAGGGAUCCGAGAUUCCCGAGAACACAAUUUUCCGCUUCCAAGAGCCAUCUAAUCAUUAUCCCACGGCACCUCCAGUCAUUUCAAUCCAGGCCAAGGGUAUCCCAGCAUACAUUCGAUUGAGUGCGAUUCGCCAGGCAGUGCAGUACGCUGAGGAGAACUUCUCUGGGGAAUCCAUGAUCUUCAACAUUCUGGAUUGGUUAGAGGUCAACCUGCCUAGUAUCAUGGCCAACCCCGGUAAACUCCGCGAUAUCUCUUCGGUCACUUCGUCCGCCGCUGCAGAGACUCGAGAGAUUCCAGUGCGAACCAGUCGCAGGCAGCGCAAGGGCAUCGAUUGGAAGCCCAACUCCCAGCAAAGCCUGGCCAUCCGUGAAGCCUGGGAAGCGAAGCAAAACACCCCGGCGCAAGUUGAGAUGUGCCGAAAGCGAAAGGCUCUACCUGCUUGGAACACUCAAGAGGAUAUUAUCUACGCGGUUGACAACUACCAGGUGACUAUCAUCUCUGGAGAGACUGGUAGCGGUAAGAGUACUCAGUCGGUGCAGUUUGUUCUGGACGAAAUGAUCAGACGUGGACUGGGAGGCGCUGCGAAUAUCAUUUGUACCCAACCACGCAGGAUUUCCGCCCUUGGGCUUGCAGAUCGAGUCAGUGAUGAGCGGUGCGCGACUGUCGGCGAUGAGGUUGGAUACGUGAUCCGUGGCGAGUCGAAGGUCAAGCAGGGUGUGACAAAGAUUACUUUUGUGACUACUGGUGUCUUGCUGCGUCGAAUCCAGUCUGGUGGCGAUGCAGAUGGCAAUGUGGCCAGCUCUCUAGCUGACGUUUCGCAUGUGGUGGUUGACGAAGUUCACGAGCGAAGUCUCGAUACCGACUUCCUCCUCGCUCUGCUCCGUGAUGUGCUGCGUCAUCGCAAGGACCUGAAAGUCAUUCUGAUGUCCGCUACUCUUGACGCAAACAUCUUCAUGGACUACUUCGGUGGCUCAAAGUCCGUUGGUCUGGUCAAUAUCUCCGGGCGUACGUUCCCGGUCGAGGACUACUAUCUAGACGAUGUGAUCCGAGAUACUGGCUUUGCUCCCGAGUUGAGUGAAAGCUUUGAGGAUGAAGAUGACGCUCCUCAAGGGGAAGCAUCAUUGGGCAAGGCACUGCGAAGUGUUGGCAUGGGCAUCAACUAUGACUUGAUUGCGUCGACCGUUCAAUACAUUGAUGAUCAACUAGGCGAUGAACCAGGAGGCAUCCUGAUUUUCUUGCCCGGUACUCUGGAGAUUGACAGGUGUCUGACGGCAGUGAAGAGGAUUCCCAACACCCAUCCUCUCCCCCUCCACGCAUCUCUCCUCCCAGCCGAACAGCGCCGAGUAUUCCAAAGCCCACCCAGAGGCAAGCGCAAGGUCAUCGCCGCCACCAACGUUGCCGAAACGUCCAUCACCAUCGAAGACGUAGUCGCCGUCAUCGAUACCGGCCGCGUCAAAGAAACCAGCUACGACCCGAAGGACAACAUGGUCCGUCUGCAAGAAGUAUGGGCAUCCCAAGCAGCCUGUAAACAGCGCCGCGGUCGUGCAGGUCGUGUCCGCGCCGGUAUAUGCUACAAGCUAUACACCCGCAAGGCCGAGUCCAACAUGGCGCAACGACCAGACCCCGAGAUCCGCCGUGUACCACUCGAGCAGCUCUGUCUAUCUGUCAAAUCAAUGAAGGGCAUCGACGACGUCGCAAACUUCCUAGCAAACACCAUCACGCCACCGGAAAGCAUCGCCGUCGAAGGCGCCCUCACUUUCCUACACCGUGUCGGUGCCCUAGACCACGAUCGCCUCACAGCGCUGGGUCGGUACCUCUCCAUGAUCCCAGCUGACCUGCGCUGCGCGAAACUAAUGAUCUACGGCUCCAUCUUCGGCUGCAUGGAGGCCUGUCUCACCAUCGCGGCCAUCCUCACCGUAAAAAGCCCAUUCGUCUCACCGCGCGAGAAACGCGAGGAAGCAGACGCCGCAAAGGCUGCUUUCUCCCGUCCCGGCGAUGGCGACUUGCUCACCGAUCUUGCCGCCUACCAGUCAUGGUCCGAACGAGCUCGAGCCCAGGGCUAUUGGCAAACGCAGUCCUGGUGUGGCGCCAACUUCCUCUCUCACCAGACGCUACGCGAUAUCUCAUCCAACAGGGCACAAUUCGUGUCAUCGCUUAAGGACGCAGGCGUUCUGCCUGUGGAUUAUAACGAAUCGGCAGCAGCACUCAACCGCAACGGAGCGAACAAGAAUCUCCUUCGCGCACUAAUUGCAGGCGCAUUCCAGCCGCAAGUUGCGCAGAUCUCAUUCCCGGAUAAAAAGUUCGCCAGCUCGGUAACCGGCACAGUGGAAGUCGACCCCGAUGCACGAACAAUCAAAUACUUCAACCAAGAGAACGGGCGAGUCUUUAUCCAUCCCAGCUCAAUCCUAUUCUCAGCACAAGGAUACCCCAACGCAGCAGCUUAUCUAGCCUAUUUCACAAAAAUGGCAACGAGCAAAGUAUUUGUUCGUGAUCUUACCCCAUUCAACGCCUACUCCCUCCUCCUCUUCUGCGGCUCAAUCACCCUCGAUACCAUGGGCCGUGGUCUAAUCGUGGACGGAUGGCUCCGACUACGUGGCUGGGCUCGUAUCGGUGUACUAGUCUCUCGAUUACGAACGAUGCUGGAUGAGGCGCUGCAGGCUCGCAUUGAUAAUCCGGCGUUGGGAUCGAGUGGUGGGGCUGGUGAUCGAGUCAUUGAGGCUGUGAAGAAAUUGAUUGAGUUGAAUGGACUUGAUCAGUGA